AGCAUCAUCCAGCACCUCGAGAAGAAAAACACGUCACCGGUAGCUUCCUUCUUAUUUUCCGCAGAUUCGGGGAACAGAGCCGAUCCUUUCAUCAUCGCCAGAUCGUGGGUAUCUCAGUUUAUAUCACAAAGCAGAGAUGCGUUCGAACUGGCCUGCGACAAGCAAAAUAUUCAGUGCAGGAAAACGGCCUCGACAACCGAAGUUAUCCAGCUACUCAGAGAAAUACUGCAGAAACUUCCACAGUGCAUUUGCGUGGUUGACGGUCUGGACAAGUGCAAAUCGAUAGGGAGCUGGUCGGCAUUACAAAACAGAUCCCUGUCUUCUUUCAUUCGUGCGAUCACCCAUGCGGCUAGUAAAACUGCUUCACGAAUCCUUCUGGUCAGCCGCGAGGACCAAGAUAUUCGCAACGAAAUAUCUGAUUUUACCUCUCGACCCGUUGGGAUAGAGUUCAGUGAAUACAAGAUCAGUCCCCCAGACGUGCAGCCCGACGCCACUUUAGUGUCGCAAAGCAUCGUAAACCGGAAGCUGAGCAAUAAGGAACAGCCUGUAAGAGACAAAAUCGUCCAAAGGAUGGUGGAUCGAUCUGGCUCGAUGUUACUACAUAUUCGAUUGAUGGAAACUGAUUUGCGCGGUGGGAAGAACCAAAAGCAAUUGGAACACAUUGUCGAUCAAGCUCCAGUCGAGCUCAAUGGCUUAUAUGAUAGGAGCUGGGAAAGAAUCAUGGGAAGACAGAGGCAGACAGAAGCUAAGCUCUUGCAAUACUCAGAUAGCCCGAUCACGAUAUCAGAAAUCACGGAAGCACUGUUGGCAAUAAACGAGGAUAGCGGAAGCACAUUCGAAGAGGAGUUGCUAGACGAUAUUGAUGAGAGUUUCGUUAAAACCGAGAUCAUCGAACUGUGCUAUUCACUUGUUGAAUUGCGCGCCACAGCUUCGAUAGGAAGCAUAGGUUCACGGACCCUGCACUUAACGCACUUCACCGUCCGGGAAUAUUUACUCCAACGCGAUCCCACAUCUGGAGCAAAGCUACAAACGAACGGAAGCAUGCAACCUCUUAACAUUUCGCUGCAAAACAACAUUCUAGCCUGCGAUAUCUGA